AGAACUCAAAGAGACCCAAGCUACCUUGCAAGCUACAGAUCUGCGAUGAUCUGGAUAAUUGUAAGCGUACUUUUGGGGACUUUGUUGGGUAUUUUGGAUCAUGUGUAUCCACAAUUAAAGAUAUUUUAUUUACCAAAACGUUUAGCGGCAGAGUCGCGCAAUGGUGAGUUGAGAUCUUUGUUAUUUUACAUUAAAAUUACAUUGCGCUUUCUCGAAUGUUCCUUUUUUGGGGGUAGUUUGUAGUGAUGUUUUUAACAUAUUUUGUUAUUUAUUUUGCUGUAAUUCUUGGAAUUACAGCUUUUACAGAGACAAGCUCCCUUCCCGAGUUUGACAGAGGGAUUAGAUACGCCCGGGAGCCAACUUUCCCAGUCGAUCUAUAUAGAUGUAAUAUAACAGCGUUUCGGGACAGAGUGUUUAGAUACGCACGGGAGCCCACCCUUCCAUUUUACGUGUAUCAGAACACAACCUACACGCCAGUCUUGCUGGUCCCAAAGGUAACCGCCCUAGCGGUAAUACCAUCUGCACCGGAAAUAGUACCGUUAUGGUGCAAUCCUUUUUUCGUGUCGUUUUUCGUCAUGGCGACCAUGGUCACGGUGGCUGUUUUAGCAGUCAACUGGGACAACGGAGACCAGAAAGAUGACGGCAAAGAAGACGAGAACAAAAUGUCUUCCGACAUGAAUAUCUGCCUGACAGAGCAACAAUGCGCACCGACAACAACGCUGAACCCCCUGGCGAGCUGCGCGGAGAAUCAUCUGUGCGGUAAGAAUAUCCCAGACUUUGACAAAAGAACAGAAGCCAUGGAAAAGGAAGUUCAAGAAUUAGUUCCUCUUCAUGCGCGGUGUGAGUCCAGAUCACCUCCUGUCAUGGGCAACAAGUCCAUCGCUCCAGUGGGCAUCCAUCAUAACAACCAUGAGGCAAGCAGAAUGACACUUCAUGAGACAGUAUCUGAUAUCGAAUCUCGAACAACAGCUAGACAAUUGCUGUGUGAGGAAGCAGUGAGGGUCAAAGUGUCAUACGAUGAUGCACCGAUUGCUUGGCGGUCCAUUCCAACCAUCGUGGAAGCUCUUUUUCCAGGCACUGUAGCACCACACCGCUGUAGAACAGCCAGCGCCGCCUCGAUCACCAGUGACUUGACGAUUCUCGCAGUACCACAAUCCGCUAGCUCAAGAAUACUUCUGGAUUUUAUCAAGGCAUCACCUACAACCGCAGAGCUACAAGAGGCUUUGCAACCAAGGAUUAAGGAAAACGGCCCGAUAACUGUUGGUCCGAGACCAGCCAUCUCAGCCAACAGCCGCACUGCCACUGUUGCAUCCUUUAAGAACGUGGAGACGGAGUUACAGCAAAAGGAUGCUUCCAGUGACAAUGAUAACAAAAGCAUCAGCAGUAGAAGGGAUAUCGGUGGUCGCGUGUCGAGGACCACGAGUCGUCCAUUGUCGGCGCCAAUGCCAAGACGGUCAAGAUCCAUUAGUAACCUUGAACGUGAUCUGCCGACCCCGAGGAAAGCCACUCGGUCAGUGUCACUCCCAGACCUGACAAUGGAUAAAUCGCGGGCUCUGUUUUCUGUUGGCGAACAAGCAAAGUCAUCUAUGUUGCGACUUGAUACACCAAAACCUCAAUCAGGACAGGUUCCAGCGAUUAUAACCGAGUCAACAAGAAAUAGAAACAGCAACAAGGAACUUGGCAAAGCUGGAACAACAAAAAGCGGACAAUCAGCUUCUGCUAUUUCACACCCUACGAAAAGCAAGAAAGACAGAACCAGGUAUAAAACCACAAUGUCUACCAAGUCUUCUACUAAUCUCCACAGCAGCACUUACAUAACCAAGACCAUAGAUCAGUUUGCUUCGAAAUCUGGUGCGUCUUUCACUGUUCCCCUAAAUAACAAAGACAGGUCUAGUAAAUCAAUCUUUUCGAAGAGUUCUUUCUCUGCUAACCCUACCUCAAGCAACAAUGCUCGACCAACGACAACUGAUUCCAACAAAAAUAGGUCAGUGGCACGCAGAAAUUUAACAAAGGGUGAUUCAGGCCCUUCAGCGUACACACUUAAGGUGAUAAGGGAGAACCUCAGAACCAGCAGCCUUCCAGUGACACCCCCAGAAAAGAUCCCUAAGAAGCCUUUACCACCGAAACCAACUAAAGCACAAAAACGAAAAGCACGCAGGGCGAAGCUGGAGAUGUACCUUAGCAUGAGCUUAAAUACUCAAGGGGCCCAUGGAGAGGAGUCAUCUAAAACACCAGGUGUUACUAAACGCCUAAUCAAAAUAACUGAAGACGCAUCCCCGACGACUGGAACGAGUGGCGUGCAUGAGAAAGCCACGGUUAUUGAUAGAGCAGCCAGACCGGUGAGCACUCCCAACGAUCCGAAUGAGGUGAAGGGCGUGUGUGCAAGUGAAAGUCCUUCCCUUCUAUCCGCAUAUGACAUUCAAGAAAGUAUUAACAGCCUCUCAAUACACCCCAAAGAGACACGAACUCAGAAGAGGAGGAGACGUCGAGAAAAGGCUAAGCUCUAUGCAAGCUUGAACUCUCUGUCAAAUGACACAACGCCGGUCAACGACAGCAAGGCGGAUAAUACGCAGGUUAACGUCACUGAGAUUGACGAGGCAAUUGCUAACGCUGCCUUGAAUACUUGCAAGGACGUGUUAAAAGCAGAUGAGGACUGUGUAAGCGAGAAAACUUCAGAUACAUCCGAGUGUCCCACUGAUUAAGUAGGGACUCCAGUCAAUGUCUGGACUUAGGUGACUCAAGACUUUGAUUUAUACUGGUUUGUCUAACUCUAAAAAUAAGAUAGAACUUUGAUUUAUACCUGUCCAUAUAACUUUCAUAACACCGUCAGGAAUUAGCAGGAACUCUGGUAUCAAUCUUCUCUUAUAACUUUUAUAUACCUGUUCACUUCUAUAUACUUUUUAACCUAUGCUUAAUUUUUUCAUCAACUGGCAAACUAAUAAAUACUAUUUCCAUUUAA